ACAAUAAAACAAACCCCUGCACUUUGGGAACGCGCUGCAGUUCAGAGUAAUGAUGCCACGUACACCAAGCCACUGACUCGCAGAAAGCUCCAGAAACUUUACACCAAAUCGCUUCACCAAGAUGAACUUCUCCAAGACCACCACUGUCAGCCCCUCUGUCUGGAGCUUUAUGCUUAAUUCCAGCCGAGAGGUCUACUCCCUGAACGGCACAGACGCGCCACCAUCUCGGACGAAAUCCAAAGUCUGUGAGCAGCUCAACAUCACCCCUGAGGUCUUCCUCAUUCUGGGCAUCAUCAGCUUGUUGGAGAACAUCCUGGUCAUCUGCGCCAUAGUGAAGAACAAGAACCUGCACUCGCCCAUGUACUUCUUCGUGUGUAGUCUGGCAGUGGCGGACAUGUUGGUGAGCGUGUCGAACGCGUGGGAGACCAUCGUCAUCUACCUGCUCAGCAAUCAACAGCUGGUGGCAGAAGAUCACAUCAUUAGACAAAUAGACAACGUCUUCGACUCCAUGAUCUGCAUCUCUGUGGUGGCGUCCAUGUGCAGCCUCCUGGCCAUCGCCGUGGAUCGCUACGUCACCACUUUUUACGCGCUGCGCUACCACAACAUCAUGACCGUGAAGCGCGCAUCACUCAUCAUCACCGGGAUUUGGACCUUUUGCACGGGAUGCGGCAUCGUCUUCAUCAUCUACUCCGACAGCACGCUUGUCAUCGUGUGCCUGGUGUCCAUGUUCUUCAUCAUGCUGGCGCUCAUGGCCUCACUGUACACCCACAUGUUCAUGUUGGCCCGCUCGCACGUCAAGCGCAUCGCCGCCCUGCCCGGAUACAACUCCAUCCACCAGAGGACUAACAUGAAAGCGGCCGUCACGCUCACCAUCCUGCUGGGGAUCUUCAUCGUGUGCUGGGCACCCUUCUUCCUCCACCUCAUCCUCAUGAUCUCCUGCCCGAGGAACCUGUACUGCAUGUGUUUCAUGUCCCACUUCAACAUGUACCUCAUCCUGAUCAUGUGCAACUCCGUCAUCGACCCGCUCAUCUACGCCUUCAGGAGCCAGGAGAUGCGCAAGACGCUCAAGGAGAUCAUCUGCUGCUACAGCCUGAGGAAUGUCCUACGAUGGUCUAAUUGAAUCCACAAAUCCGUGUAUCGUGUGUGCGUCGUUUAAGAUUGUUUUAGCUAGCCGUCGGACAAGUUAUACACCUCACUCGUCAUACUGUUACGUGAAGGAAAAAAACAUGUUAAUACACCAUGCAGAAAACUCCAGCAAUCCCACGUGUUCUGUCGGUGAUCAUACCUGCAUGUGAAUGUUUUUCAGAGAACGUCAUCCAGAGAAUGAUAUACUGUGUUCGAAUUAUGUUACAAUAUAAUAUAAUAAUUAUGUUCCAAUAUGCUAGCUGGUAUGUUCUAACAAUGUAUGCACAAUGUAUGUGACCGAUGUAGCUAGCAAGCAUUCUAGCUUGUUAACCAUUACCUAGCUCAUGUAAACAAAAAUGAAUGUUUAAAAAAAAACACAGGAA